AUGUCAGAGGAUGAGAUCCAUCAUAAAGCUGUCAGGGGGCUGCGGGAGCUGUCUGAUCAGUCAAGCGCGAAAGUGAAUCUUUCAGAAGAUGAGGGGUUUAAAAGAACUAACUCAAGCUCUACGGGUCGAACCAAACGAAGACGUGUUAGUGAUGAUGUCUCGGAGUCGGAUGCAGAUACAAACUUUGUUCCAGGGAAGCAAUUUAACUUAGAAGACGAUAGUGAUGACUCCAUACAUGGAAUGAGAUUUGACGUUAAGAAAUUUGAGGAUGAUAUUCUAGGCGAUGAUGACGCAGUUUUCGUGUCAGACAGCGAUCACUACAGUGUGGAACGCGAAGCGUUUAAUCUUGAAGAAGAAAGACGCACUGGUGUUUUCGACCAUAACGGGAAUUAUCUGGAAGUCGAAAAGGAUGAAGAAGAGCAGGAGGAUCAGUGGCUCGAUGACUAUAAAGAUCCAGAGGUGCACAAGAAAACACAAUUAGCACAGGAGAAACGAGCAAACCAACAAGGUCUACAUGCGAGUACAAAAUCUUAUGCAUAUACAUUGGAAGAUAUUGUUUGCAGGUUAGUCUAUUUUAUGCCAAUUGAUAAAGAUGUGCUAAAUGCGCUUGCGAUAUUGAACAAGCAACGUAAGAAAUUACGGAAGGAGAAGGAGAAAGCCGCCCAAAAAGGUCUGGACGAGGAAUCCAAAACAAUUGGUAGGCACUUGAAGUACAUAAGUCACGGGAUCGAUAGAAUAACAACCCUAGUCAGCGCUCUUCAACAAAAAGGGAUCCAAAACGGGUACCAAUUAGAUAGACCAGCGAUUGAGAAACUGAUUGAGGAAGAGGGCAUAAUGAGCAAUCAGUCUGAUAGUUACCAGGCGAAAAUAUGGGCUUUCAAGUGGCUAAAUGACACUAAAACGGAUACCGAAUACUUUACCAGUUAUGAAAUGCAGUAUUGGAAGGAGAAUUAUUUUGAAGGAAAAGUAAUAGUAAAAUAUAAAGAAGAUCCUGAUGAAGACUCGAAUUGGGUUCAUGUAGACUGUCUUACCUUUAUGUAG